AUGGCGUCCGCGGGGUCGAACACCAUCAAGGUGGUCGCCCGUUUCCGUCCUCAGAAUAAGGUGGAAUUGGGCUCUGGUGGUACACCGAUCGUUGACUUCGAAAACGAAGAAUCAUGUGCUAUCAACUCGCGAGAGGGCACGGGAUCCUUCACCUUCGAUCGUGUGUUCCCUAUGGGCUCACCGCAAGCCGAUAUCUUCGACUUCUCGAUUCGACCCACUGUGGACGAUAUUCUGAAUGGAUACAACGGAACGGUUUUGGCGUAUGGUCAGACGGGCGCCGGAAAGUCGUAUACAAUGAUGGGUUCCGACAUUGAUGACGAAGAGGGCAAGGGUAUCAUUCCGCGUAUUGUUGAGCAAAUCUUCGCCAGCAUCCUGACCAGUCCGAGCAACAUCGAGUACACUGUGCGAGUCAGCUACAUGGAAAUUUAUAUGGAGCGCAUUCGCGAUCUGCUGGUGCCCCAGAACGACAACUUGCCCGUGCACGAAGAGAAGUCCCGCGGAGUCUACGUCAAGGGACUGUUGGAGGUCUACGUGUCGAGCGUGCAGGAAGUAUACGAAGUUAUGCGCCGCGGUGGAAACUCUCGCGCUGUGGCAGCCACCAACAUGAACCAGGAGUCUUCUCGUUCACACUCUAUUUUCGUCAUCACUGUCAGCCAAAAGAAUAUCGAAACUGGAUCCGCGAAGAGUGGCCAGCUGUUCUUGGUUGAUUUGGCCGGUAGUGAGAAGGUCGGCAAAACUGGAGCAAGUGGACAGACGUUGGAAGAGGCCAAGAAGAUUAACAAGAGCUUGAGUGCACUCGGCAUGGUCAUUAAUGCGCUGACGGACGGCAAAUCAACUCACAUUCCGUACCGUGACUCAAAACUCACUCGAAUUCUGCAGGAAUCGCUGGGUGGUAAUUCGCGGACUACCCUGAUCAUCAAUUGUUCGCCCAGUAGCUACAACGAUGCGGAAACUAUUUCGACCUUGCGAUUCGGUGUACGGGCCAAGGCCAUCAAGAACACUGCCAAGGUCAAUGCGGAACUGAGCCCGGCGGAAAUGAAGCAACUUCUACGCAAGGCACAGAGCCAGAUGACUACAUUUGAGAGCUACAUCUCUGCACUGGAGACUGAGGUCAAUGUGUGGCGUGGGGGUGAAAGUGUUCCUAAAGAUCGAUGGACCCCUGCUCGCGGCAACGAAGUUGCCAGUGCUACCAGGGCAGAGGCGCGCGCCCCUCGACCAGCUACGCCUUCGCGAUUGCAAGAGACGGCCCGUUCGGAGACCCCACGUCCGGACUCUCGGUUUGGAGACCGCUCAAGCACUCCCAGCCUGGUGUUGGAAAAGGACGAGCGGGAGGAGUUCCUUCGUCGUGAGAAUGAAUUGCAGGAUCAAAUCGCCGAGAAGGAGACCCAUAUUGUGAACGUUGAACGUGGUCUCCGGGAAGCUCGAGAGGAGCUGAAGUCCAUGAAAGAGAACGCCGGGCGCUCGGGCAAGGACAACGAUCGGUUGAACACCGAAGUUAAUGAGCUACGCAUGCAACUUGAGAAGGUUUCUUACGAAGGCAAGGAAGCGGCAAUCACCAUGGAUGGUCUCCGGGAGGCCAAUUCUGAGCUAACAAGUGAAUUGGAUGACGUCAAGCAGCAGCUGCUUGACGUCCGCAUGCGAGCCAAGGAGACCACAGCUGCCCUUGAUGAGAAGGAGAAGAAGAAGGCCGAGAAGAUGGCAAAGAUGAUGGCUGGAUUUGAUCUGGGGGGUGAGGUGUUUUCAGACAACGAGCGCAAAUUGCAGGAUCUGAUCCAGCGCGUUGACGCGCUCCACGAAAUCAGCGCAGUUGGAGAGACGAUCGCGCCCGAUGAUAUUCUUGAGCUUCGGGCCAGUCUUCUGGAGACACAAGGAUUAAUCCGACAGGCCGAAUUGACGAUGAACGACCGAGGCGACUUCAGCGAGCUGCAGGACAGCCGCCGGGCGGAGCUGGAGAAGAAACUGAAUGAGGUUCAACAGGAGUACGAAGAGCUUUUGACCCGGAACUUGGGCGAGAGUGAUAUUGAAGAGAUUCGGGAGCGCGUGGAAAAGUCCUUCAUCAGUCGGAAGGAAGCCGAGACCGCGGCGGUCGAGGAGCUCCGCACUGAAAUCAUUCGGAAGGAUGAGGAAUUGACCACGAUGCGACAAUCGCUGGUUGAUACGCAGUCACGAACCUCCACCAACGGCACAGCCAGCAAGACCCUGCAGCAGCAGAUUGCAGAGUUCGAUGCCAUGAAGAAGUCUCUGAUGCGUGACUUGCAGAACCGCUGCGAGAGAGUGGUUGAGCUGGAAAUCUCUUUGGACGACGCUCGCGAACAGUACAACAAUGUGCUUCGGUCAUCCAACAACCGGGCCCAACAGAAGAAGAUGGCCUUCUUGGAACGCAACCUGGAGCAGUUGACUCACGUUCAGCGCCAACUCGUGGAGCAGAACAGUAGCCUGAAGAAGGAAGUGGCCAUUGCGGAGAGGAAGCUGAUUGCACGGAACGAGCGCAUCGCCAGUCUGGAGAGUCUACUCCAGGAGAGCCAGGAGAAACUGACCCAAGCGAAUCAUAGAUUCGAAGCGCAACUCACUGCCGUAAAGGAGCGCCUGGAGGCUGCCAAGCAGGGUUCCACCCGCGGUCUCCCCGUCAUGGAUAGCAAUGGAAGUUUCAGCUUUGGGAGGAUCGCAAAGCCUCUGAGAGGAACAGGGGGCUCGGAGACUGUGAAUACCGAGAAGAUGUCGCAAGAAACCAAGAGAAGCAGUUGGUUCUUCAACGGUAAAGCUUCCCAAGCCUAA